AUGAAAGAACAUAGAAAUCAGAAAAGUAGAAACAUGCCACGUUUAAGCUGUAAGCAUAACACCUGUAAACAUUGUGAUGCGAAGUUCGCUAGCAAAAUGAAUCUAGAUAAUCACUUGAUUAGAAAACAUCCUGAUUUAGUUGCGUCCGUUUCUAGUAAAAUUCACAAAUGUUCAUAUUGUGUUUAUAAAACAACCAGCAAGAGUAAUUUUGUUACACAUAUGUUGAAACACCCUGAGUCGGUAUGUAACUAUAAAUUCAGCAUAUGUAUUCACUGUAAUGCGAAAUUCGGACGAAAAACAACUCUGAAUGAUCAUAUAAUCAAGAAACAUCCUGACUUUAUUCCAUCCGUUUCUAGUCAAAUACAUGAAUGUGCUCAUUGUGCAUAUAAAACAACCAUCAAAAAUUAUUUAGCUAAGCAUUUGUUGAAACAUGCUGAGUCGGUACGUAACUAUAAAUUCAGCAUAUGUAUUCACUGUAAUGCGAAAUUCAGAGGAAAAACAAGACUGAAUGAUCAUAUAAUUAAGAAACAUCCUGACUUUAUUCCAUCCGUUUCUGGCAAAAUACAUGAAUGUGCUCAUUGCGCAUAUAAAACAACCAUCAAAAAUUAUUUAGCUAAGCAUUUGUUGAAACAUCCUGAGUCGGUAUGUAACUAUAAAUUCAGCAUAUGUAUUCACUGUAAUGCGAAAUUCAGAGGAAAAAUAACACUGAAUGAUCAUAUAAUCAAGAAACAUCCUGACCUUAUUCCAUCCGUUUCUAGUAAAAUACAUGAAUGUACUCAUUGUGCAUAUAAAACAACCAUCAAGAAUUAUUUAGCUAAGCAUUUGUUGAAACAUUCUGAGUCGGUACGUAACUAUAAAUUCAGCAUAUGUAUUCACUGUAAUGCGAAAUUCAGAGGAAAAACAAUACUGAAUGAUCAUAUAAUUAAGAAACAUCCUGACUUUAUUCCAUCCAUUUCUGGUAAAAUACAUGAAUGUAAACAUUGUGACUUUAAAGCAACCAUCAAGAGUAAGUUUGUUAGGCAUAUGCGAAAACAUCCAGACAUAAAGUUAACUUUAAAUUCAACAUAG